UCGAAUUCGAUUAGCAUCCGGGAACCCCAAAAAAUAAAAGUCCAUUUCGAUCCUCGAUCUGAACAAGAAGAGAACAGAGAGAGAAAGAAUGGACGCCAUUGAUUCCGUCUUCGAUCCUCUCAGAGAAUUCGCCAAGGACAGCGUUCGACUCGUUAAGCGCUGCCACAAACCUGAUCGCAAAGAGUUCUCCAAAGUUGCUGUCCGCACAGCGAUCGGUUUCGUAGUGAUGGGAUUUGUGGGUUUCUUUGUCAAGCUGAUCUUCAUUCCAAUCAACAACAUCAUCGUCGGAUCUGGUUAGGAUGAGAAAGGACUGUUGGCACUCAAGAAAUGCAGACUGGCAUGCGAAUCAGAAAAAGAUCCUUUUCAUUAGGAUGAUUUAGUGUUUUUGUUUUUUUUAAAUUUCCAUUGUAUCAUUUUUUUAAAUCUCAGUAAUUAUACGUUCGUAAUUUGUGGACGUUGAGAAUAUGUGGACUUGUGAUCUAGGACAAAGUGAAAAGGUACUGAGGAGGCAUUGCAAUUUUGCUUCAAGUCGUUUUAUAUGCUUUUCAUUUUCCUUUCUUGAGAUCAAUACUAUGUUUGGUCGAGGGCUUUUGGAGAUA